CAUUUAUCACUAGAUUUACAAGAAAGUAAUGUGAAACUUAAGUUGACGAUUGUUGAUACUGUUGGGUAUGGAGAUCAAAUCAAUAAAGAUGACAGGUAAUUAAUGACUUAUCAAUAAUGCAUUGAUCAGUGAACCGAAACCCCACCACCCUGAGCCCUGGGACAAAGAGGAAGAUGUCAUGAAUUUAACGUACAUCGAUAGGGGAUCAGGGGGCUGGGCUCUCAAUUGACAAAUGAAUAACAGUAGUUUGAAUUGUAUUAACCUAUUAUUGUAGUAAUGCACAAGCACACAACGGUAUUUUAAACUGUGCCAAACAGUGGCCAAACAUUUUUUUGCUUUGUGUUUGGAUAAGGAAAUGCUUACGAGUAAAUCCAAGGCCAAUCAUUUUAAAAUGUUUUUUCCUUGCAAGUGCAGCUUUAUCAAAAAUUAAUUUUUUAUCAUUGUCUGCAAACCAGAAGAUGCUAGUGUUUUGCCAAUGAAACUAGCCUUUCCUCUCUGUUAACCCCUUUUUCUGACUGAAUCUUGAUCAAAAUAAAUACACUGCAUAUGUAAUUCCUCCUUGGGGAGUUUAAAAGAUACUGUGUGGUACAGCUGUCAGGCUGUGACCACGAUUUCAAGUUGCCAGGCAAAUACAACAAGUAGGCAGGGAAACAAACAGUAGGAAUUUCUUUUGGUUCUAUUUUCUUCUUUAAGUAGCCAGCAGAAAUCCUUGGCCCCCCGCAUCUUAAUGACAGCCAUGAGCCGUAUUCAGCUGUACAUAUAAUCAUUUGAAGUUUGUUCUUUUAAAUUUUAUUCAGUGCAAGUCCUAUCGUAGAAUACAUCAAUUCACAGUUUGAGAAAUAUCUACAACAAGAACUGAAGAUAAGGAGAUCACUGAACUCUUAUGAUGAUACCCGCGUACAUGUCUGCCUUUAUUUCAUCUCACCCACUGGCCAUUCGUAAGUCUACAUCCUUCUCCAGAAAAUUAUGAUACUUUGUAUUCCUGCCAUUAGGGGUUAAUUAGCAAGGUAUGCUGUUCAUCAUGAGCUGUUCAGACAGAAUAGGUACAAAAUGUAUCUGUUUGAAUGACUUGAGCUAACUGUUAAAAAAAAUUAUGGUAUUCGUUUGAACGGUUCGAGCUUCCCAUUCAAAAAAGUGUUCAGUCUUCAUUCAAAUGGCUCUGGCUAUCCUUUUGAAAAAAACUAUCAUCUGCCAUUCAAACGAUUCUAGAUAUCUGUUAAAAAAAUACCGUAAAACCUCUAUUAAGCUCCCCAGGGGACGUAUUUAUUUCAAGCCCAUUUGAGGGGGGAGGUAGGGGGAUUUAUUUAAUUUAGAAAUGACAAUGGUAAAGAACGAUAAUACAAAGUGGAAAAGCUCAAGUGCAAGAAGCUGGAGUUCAUGCAGCCGAGGAUCAGAGUCAAAUCUGAAUUUCCAGUUGGUAAAUAAACCAUCCCGGAUCAAUCCACAUGAAGUUUUAGAGUUGUGAUUGAUUAAUACAGUUUAUCAUUUAUCAAUGAAGAAUAAUUUAGGGGAGGGGAGGGGGGCUUAUUAACUUUCUUUCCCUGAAAAGGAGGGAGGGCUUAAUAGAGGAUUUACUGCAUGUCAUCUGUUUGAAUGGCUUAAGCCAUCUGUUCAAAAAAAUUCUCAGCUGGGCUACCAGUGCCUUACUUUUACUCUUGGGGGACUUAGAAAUCUUAUUUUUCAUAAAAAUCAUACACAUAUGCUGGGCACCCUGUUUUCCAUUUUUCCAGAGCACUGUCCCCAUAGAACACAGCCUUGUAUGACUGUUUUUGUGGGGAUAGGAAUGGAUUCCAGAAUCACACAUACAGUAUUAAUGGUUUACAUGGUCUAUUACAGAUCAAUGUGAAAUCAAUAAUAUUGUAAGUACUAUAAUUAAAUUAAAUUGAUAAUUUACUAUUUUGAACCCAAGAGACAUUUUAUUCAUCAGGAAAAGUUGUAUCCCAUUAAAAGACCUUGUGGACAACUCCCAUUCUCCAACCUUAAUUGUAGUACUUACAGCUGUAAGUUGAUUUCACUUUAAUUUUAUAUGUACUUAAUACCAGGAAUGAGCUUGAGAAAUGUGUUCUGAAUAUACAUUUGAAUUCGUAGCUCACAUGUACAUUUAGGUGUGUUCAAGUUGAACUUCCCAACUUGGCUCCGGAUGUUCAAAUGUUGGAUAGUGCUAUUUUGUGGAUAAAUCACUAUCCAGUAGAUAAAUCACUAUCCAGUGGAUAAGUAUUAGGGAAACCAAUUAUUGUGUUGUACAAUGGAUAAAGAUUUAUCCAGUGGAUAGCGUUAUCUACCUUUCAAACAACUGGGCCCUGGAUAGCACAGUUAAAUAAUGUAAAAUUUAAUUUUGUUAAGUGCAGUGGAUGAAACAGUCAUUAUAAUGUCAAACUCAGUUAUUGCUUUAUAUAUUCAGGUUGAAGUCUCUGGAUCUUGUUUGCAUGAAGAAGUUGGACAAAAAGGUUGGUGGUAUUAACGUCACCAAAUGGGGAUGUAAUUACUCUAAUGAUAGUGUGUAAAUUGGAUUGUACAUGAUACAUGUACAUCAGUUGAUAUUUAUGCUAUUAACUGCUCUUAUGCAGUACAUGCAUCAGUUACUAUUCCAUCAUUCUAUUGUAGGUAAACAUUGUUCCCAUUAUUGCAAAGGCUGACACCAUCGCAAAGAGUGAACUGAAGCAAUUUAAGGACAAGGUGAGAUAUAAAGUGUUGCAAUGUAGCUAAAGGACAACAGUCUGAGCCAAGUUUUAUCCUCACCACUUUGAAACGGUAUAUUUUUUCUGCUGAAUGCUACAUGUAUAAUAGUCACCUUGUUGAAUACAAUGCACAUGUACAUCGCUAAGGUUGAGUUAAUGUUGGCAUCUUUCAGAUAAUGGAUGAACUUGCAAGUAAUGGGGUUGAAAUUUACCGAUUUCCUGUGGAUGAUGAGACUGUAGCAGAAAUGAACUCCAAGAUGAAUGUAAGUAUGUUUUAAGAUGCAUGCAUUGCUGAUCAAGACAGUGCUGUUACAACCUGUAUCUCAUGUACCUGUGAACGUAUGACGCCACAAUCCACUCACAUCAUGGCCAUUCAGUAAACCCUUUAACCCUUCAGCUCCAAUAUUGACAUACCAAUUCCACACACUAAUCUCCAUACAUUCCCUUUAAGAAUUAGUUGAGAAAAUUUGAUAGAAGAACAAAGCAUUAAUUAGUAUUUUUUCCUUACAGUAGCUGAUCAUUUUUUUGAUUGUGAUAACCUUUUCUUUGAUUGCGUAAGGUCAAAGCUCUCAUAAGCAAUCAUCUCAGAAAUUCAAAAAAGUGGUCAUUAAAUGUAACUAGAGCUGGUGGCUUACAAGAAUAAGUUCUCGUCAGCAACUGCAUGGCAAGACAAUAGUUGGUGGUCGCUUACGAGAGCUUCAGAAACUCAUUAAUAAUUCAUAGAGAAAAAAUAAAAGAAAUUAAUAUUUAAUGAGUGUCCUUAUAAUAAUUAUCUGAUAAAGACGUGGCUAAACUUUAUGUCCAAUUUUUUAGACCAAAACAACCCCAAAUCUAUAAUUAUUAUUAGUGUAGCAAUUAGGUAAUGUUAAUCAGAAGAUUUUGAAGCCAUUCAAUAAACUCACAGUUCCUGUUUUAUCAGGUCUGAGUGGCCGCAAAGGAAAAGUCCAGUUGGGUAAUCCCAAAAGAGGUCACGGUCGCUCACGAGAGCUUUUCAUUACAAAGUUUAAGUCACCGUUAACACAGGGUUUCACAGAGAUGGUCGUGACUAGAGCUGGUCACUUAUGAGAGUGAUCGUAAGGAGAGCUUCGAUUGUCUUGAUUGUUAAAAGAUUUAAAGGAAUUAAAGUGCAAUAUUGAUCUUUACAUUCAAUAUCAAAACACAUCAUAAUUAUGCCCUGUCGUGUUAUAUAUACAUGUACAUUUUGUAUGAUACAGUUCACCCAUUUCAAUUUCAUACCAAGAUGUACAUGUAUGGCAGUGUGAUUUGUCACUCUUCCCUCAAAAUCUGGGGAUGAACCGUGAUGGUGUUAUUAUUCAAAUGAAACUUCUUUGGUAGAAUCUGUGAAUCAUUUGUUUCUUAAGAUUUUGCAUUUAGAUAGUUUGGAACUCUUGCAAAUUUUAUAGUAUACCCUAGGUCUUAUUUGGACUGAAAGUGUUUAGGUGAAUCUGUUUAAAGGUCAAGCCAAACAUGUACAUGUACACCUUUGGUAGUCAUUUCCUUGAAUAUUCUCUUAACUUUAAGGUUUGAUGAAGCAGUCAUACCAACAGUAAUAAUUAUUGCUGUCCUUGGAGAGAUUCUCCAAUUAAAAUGAUGGGACUGCUUGACCUACCCUUUGAGGGGUAAAAUUUGUAUGUUGGUAUUUGUAUUGGUUAUGGGUAGAAUGGGCGUGUUCCAUAUUCAUUUCCACCCCUAAUAGGUACCAAUUCAACAACAACAAAUUAUAUAACUAGCACUGCAAAUUUUAAAAGUAAUAAAGAUAACUUUUAAACACUUUCUUCUCAAGGACUUUUUGAAAGUAUUCUCAUAAAUCUUCUGGCAGCAGUCAUUUUAGGUUUUAGCACCUUAAGUGGUACCAAUCCACAAAUUUGAACCUAUAAAAGGUACGACGAGCACCCCCGUCACUUAAAUAGGGGAGUAUGCCCCCCCCCCGGUUAUACACCCCUAAAGUAAGACAGAGUCAUAUUAAGGAGAAUAAGCAAAGGCAUCUUUGAGCGCUUUGCGUCAACCAGAAGUGGACUUUUUCUGCAUUCUUGAGCAGUUGUAUUGUCCAAUUCUUCGCGAAAAUCGUCUCCGUAAAGUAAAGACGCUUGGAAAUACAAAUGGGGUAACGUCAAGGGGAAGAACCCGCACUUCCGGUUGAUGUGUGGUUCUCAAAAACGCCUUUGCUUCAGCUCUCUUUUAACUCAUUAUUUACCUUUAUACAACUGUUCUCCUUGUGCAGAUUUAGAUGUUUCUACAAAGCACUUGUUGUGUUUUUUUUCUUCAUUGUAGGAGGAAAUUCCAUUUGCUGUGGUAGGCAGCCGCGAGGAAGCUUUGAUCAAUAAAGUGAAGACAAGAGCCAGACAGUACCCAUGGGGAACUGUUGAAGGUGAGGCAUCUAAUCCGUGAGGAACGGAAUUAUUAAGUGCUUGCACUAUCCUGUAUGAGAAAAAAGUUGGCCCUUUGCCAAAGCCAAGAUCUGACAGCAAGGGGAAGCCAAAACGUUUCUAUGGAGAAACGUCGGCCCAGUUAGGAGUGUGACCCUAGCAUCACAAAAGGGUGAUCCGGCUAGGCAAUCAUCCUAGCCGAACAAGCCUUUUGCUUCUCGAUCAUGUAAGAGGUUCGCCCAGGGUAACUCGGUAGGUGAGUCAGUGACCCUUACACCUGGGACAAGUUUUCUCCAUAAGUGGGGCUUGAAAAACACUUCCGGGAGCACAGUUCCUGGAGCAGUUUUUUUUUUUUAAUUUUAUAAAGGUACUGUAAUGGUGAGCCAAAGGUACGGUAUAAUACGUAUGAUACUUGCAUUGUCAAAACACAAAACGCUCAGAAGAUGUUAAAAAAAGUGAGGCCUGGUUUUUCCUAAACAAAGCAGGCGUUGCGCCAGCAUAAGAAUGAGUCGUGACUUAACUGAAAAAGGAAAAUAUGUUAUAUUUUAACAAUAUUUUAUCUUUUAACUCUAAAAUAUGAUUAAUUUCAUAUGUAUUUUCAUUCACUUAAUCAUUUGUUUUCCAGUGGAAAAUGAGAACCACUGCGACUUUGUCAAGCUUAGAGAGAUGUUAGUUCGGUAAGUAUUUCUUCCACAUCCAGAAUAGAUAGCAAGCGGUCGUCCUUCUUUCCUCAGAGCAACGCCCAGCGAACGAAAGAGCAAAAUUUUGCAUAUUCUUGGUAAAAAGGAGGGGAGAUAAUGGGGGCAGCGACUUAUUUUUUCUUUGCUCGGGCUUCCGCCCUCGUUACUACUUGAAGAGCCACUUUGUGUUGUGGUCAUUCGACCAUGAUCUUUAGAGGGCCCCGGCCAAAGGGGACCACUUAGCUACCUUUACGAGUGAAAACUUUGAUGCUGUAACAAAGAAACCUCUAAUGGUUAAAGGAUGAUUGAAUAUUACUAUUUUCAGGACAAACAUGCAGGAUUUGAUAGACAAAACCCAUAGCCAGCACUUUGAGCUGUACCGACGAAAGAGGCUUGAAGACAUGGGCUUUAACGAUGGCGACGGAGAGACAAAACAGGUGAGUCUACAAGAGACGUACGAGCUGAGAAGGCAGGACUACAUGAAAGACAUACAGGGCAGAGAGGAGCAGAUGAGACAGAGCUUUGUUAACAAAGUGAAGGAGAAAGAAGCGGAGUUAAAACAAGCUGAACAAGAGGUAAGGGUAGAGUACAUUCAC